AUGCCCGCUACCACCAGUGUCGCUGUCACCGACGAGGCCGCUCAGCUCUGGCUCGCGCGCGGCGGCUCCGACUUCGAGAGCGUGCUCUCCUCUGGCGCCGUGGCGCUCAUCGACGCAAGCUACCUCAUCGAGCAGUCCGAGCGACCCGACGGCGUAAUGCUGCCGCGCCAGGCGCUGCCCGACGCUGCGUUUGUCUCCCUCUCGGAGCUCAAAGCGGCGCAGAACCCGUUCCCCUUCCUCCGCAUCGCCUGCUGCUCGCACUGCUGGCUCCAGCCCGACCACCCGGACCCUCGCGGCCACAACCUCCGCGCGGUUGGCCGCGCACUCAAGCUGCUUGUCAAGUCCUUUGGCCGGUUCGCAGUCUUCAUUGACUUUAUGUGCAUCCACCAACGCUGCCGCGGCGCCGGAGGCGCGCCGCAGCCGCGCACUCACACCGACGAGGGCGGCCGCUACCCGGCGGAGGACGUGCUCUUCAAGCGUGCGCUGGGCAGCCUCGGCGCCUUCUACUCGCACCCGGAGACGUUUGUCUUUAUGCUGACCGCCUUCCCGCCCGACUAUGACGACCCCGCGCGGUACAGGCGGUCGGGCAACACCGCGCCGUACCCCGACCGCGGCUGGUGCUUCUGCGAGGCCUCCUGGGCGGCGCUCGUCAAAGACUCGCGCAAGCUGCUCGACCUCGGCCUCGACACGGGCGAGAAGAGCCGGCGAGCCCAGCUCGCGCAGUGCCGGCAGCGCCGCCGCGCGCCGUUGCCGCCGGACGAGUUCGCCGCCGCCCUCGAGUCGAAGGGCUUCACCAACGGAAAGUGCGACCGCCCGCUGGUCGCGGACCUCUACCGCGCCGGCUUCGCCGAGCGCUUCGCCGCCGCGGCGCGCGCCUCUCACUGCUGCAUCCGCCCCACCGCCUCCUCCUCCUCUCACUCCUGUGCGGUGCUCGAGUUCGUCGACCUCGGCUGGGGCGGCGCCGAGGCGGCGGCCAUCGCGUCACUGAUGGCGGCCGGCGCGCUGGCGCCGUGCGAGAAGCUCUCGCUCAACUGGAACGGCAAUGGGGUGGGCGACCGAGGCGUCGAGGCGCUGGCGGCGGCGGUCGCGGCGGACGACGCCCCGGCGAGCCUCGCGCGGCUCUCCCUGCGGCGUCACGCGGCGAGCGAGGCGGCGGCCGUCGCGCUCGGGGCGGCGUGCGCGGCGAAGGGCGUCACGUGCGUGUUGUGA